GGCUAGCUGAUUCUCCAGGUUCCCACUGCAAAUACACAGGGAGAUGGGAGACAACUGAGCACAGCCCUGCAGUUUUAUAACUGAAGAGGACUCUGACGUAUGGCUGAGUGUUUCCUGGCAAAGAACCUUAUGGACCAGUAGGCAAAUCAAAACUGAAGCUGAUUUUGGAAAAAGAGUGAAAUCUACUGUAGUGAGGAGCUGAGCCACUCAAUCACUGCAGCGGUAAAUAAGAGACAGAAGGGAAGGAAGAAAGAAAAGAGAGUCUUUGCUGGGGGCGGGGAGCGAAAGCAUUUUUGGUGGAUGGUAUAAAGCCAGCCAUGGAAACUGCAGCAGAGGAAAAUACAGAACAAAGCCAAGAGAAAAAAGUGAUCACCAGACCAGAAAUGGAAAUUGGCAGGUACCAAUGGAUGUACAGGAGUUCAAGGCCACACCAGUACCAUCAUGUGCCAGCAUUGAGAGGCAAUGUUAGUCCUUUGGGGAUUCAAGGUUGCUUUGAAUGUUGCAUUAAGUGCCUUGGAGGAGUUCCAUAUGCUUCGCUGGUGGCAACGAUCCUCUGCUUCUCUGGGGUAGCAUUGUUCUGUGGCUGCGGCCAUGUGGCUCUAGCUGGGACCAUCUCUAUUCUUGAGCAGAGUUUUUCCACAAAUGCAACGGACCAUGCUUUGUUAUCUGAAGUAAUAAAACUAAUGCAGUAUGUGAUCUAUGGAAUCGCAUCAUUUUUUUUCUUAUAUGGAAUUAUUCUUCUGGCGGAGGGCUUUUAUACAACAAGUGCUGUGAAGGAGCUGCAUGGUGAAUUUAAGACGACCAUCUGUGGUCGAUGCAUCAGUGGAAUGUUUGUUUUCCUCACCUAUGUGCUCGGGAUAGCUUGGCUUGGUGUCUUCGGCUUCUCUGCUGUGCCAGUCUUUAUGUUCUAUAAUAUAUGGUCAACUUGUGAAGUCCUCAAAUCACUCCCAGCAAAUAUGACAACUUCAGCAGACCAGAUCUGUGUGGAUAUCAGGCAAUACGGAAUCAUCCCUUGGAAUGCUGUACCUGGCAAGGCUUGUGGAUCAGCCUUAGCAGAAAUGUGCAACACACCUGAGUUCUAUUUGUCUUACCACCUUUUCAUUGUGGCCUGUGCUGGAGCUGGUGCUACCGUCAUAGCACUGCUGAUCUACAUGAUGGCUACCACAUAUAACUAUGCUGUUUUGAAGUUUAAGAGUCGGGAAGAUUGCUGCACUAAAUUCUAAAUUGCAUAAGCCCAGUAAAGAGCUGCACUGUGUAGCUUGAAAUACCACUGACACCCUAGACUAAGAGUCUAGUUUUCUGAAGUCUGUUACAGUCAAUUGUAAAUAGCAUCAGUAAACAUCUU